UAGUUGGUUUAGCGGCGGAAGAAACAAAAUGCGCGGGAAAAGUGCGUACCGCGGCCCAGCUGAGGACAGGCUGUUUAUAUGAGUUGCGUUUAGUUACUGUCUCUCUGCUCAAUUUUAAGGCCACAUUUAUGUUAUUAGACCAGGUGUUGUUGGCAUGACUGGGUUUCAGACUGGGGCCCAUGGCGGCGCGUGGUGAGGGGACCGCCGGGGGCUUUAACUCCAAAGGCUCCUUAGCCACUGCCGCCCACACCUCCACCCCAGCCAGAAACAGGAGCCAGGUCGGGGUGUCAGGGGUGGAGGGCUUAGAAGGGUUCAGCAGUCCCUUGCCUCUUAGAAAACGUAAGUUUGGCCUGGCAGCCGAGACAGUGGUGGCUCGGAAACGCACCACCACCGCGGCCGUCACCACCACCGCCACCGCCACCACCACCACCACAGGGGCCGACUACUACCAUCGCCACCACCACCACCACAACCAUUGCCACAGCCAGGGGGAGGACAGCGCUACACCACCGCCGCCGCCGCCGCCACUGCCCGGAACUGCUACCACCACCACCACCGCUGCUGCUGCUGCUGCCGCCACCGCCGCCACUGCAGUGACAGCCAAACGGCGCCGGCUUGCUGCCGGGAACGCUGACCUCAGGAUCAACGAGGUGCGAGAGUGCGGUGACUGUGUCCUGGAUAACCCCCACAGCAAACGGCAGCGCAAAAAUAGCCAGGUUGAGACAAGCAGGAGUCAGCUCAACAACAGCCUGGCCACCAACGCCCCACAACACACACCCACGCGCUCCCAGGAUCCAGAGAAAUCCCCAAGUGGAGGAAUUCUCAAAUCGUACCCUCUGCGGAACAGGCUAAGGUUGACUGACGGGGGUGGAGGAGGAGGAGGAGGUGGAGGAGGCGGAGGAGGAGGAGGAGGCGGAGGAGGAGGAGGUGGAGGAGGUGGAGGUGGAGGAGGAAGUCAUCAGAUAUCCUCUCCGCUUCUUGAUCAUCACGGACAGCCGUCCCCCUCUGUGCCGCCGCCCCCCCUGUCACCUCCUAGUGUGGCGUUUCUAGCCGACACGUUCCGACGCUUGAGGGAGUCGCGUCGCACCCCCCCGGAGCACCCCCCGCCCCCUCCUGCGCCCAGCCCCGCCCCCCACACCACUGCAGCCACCCCCACCACCACCACCACCACCACUCGCAGAGCCUCCAGCCAGGCCAGAGAGCCCAGACAGAGUGUGGGAAGCUGGAAGAAAACGCACGGGACUAAGAAGUCUCCUCUUUCAUCCAAACGGAACAGUAGGAACAAGUCAAACACCACGGGGUCCUGUGCGAGUAGCAGCCAACACCCAAGCCGAGGCUGUGCCAAGGUGGGUUUGAGCAGCAGCACCUCCGUGGGGGGCAUGUCGGGGCCACAUGGGACGGGGCACGGGGGCCAUGACGCCGCCUCCUCCUCUGGCCCACCCCCCCCACCACCCCCACAGUCCAGCGCCCCCUCCCCAGUCGCCGUGCCACCCCCACCACCCAAUCUGGGGGCAUCGGCUCUCCACACAGCCCCCUCCACGUCAACCACCUCCGGUCUGCUCCCCUCCACCCCGCUGUCCACACUUGGAGGUGGGUGGCAAUGGGUGCAUAUCACCCACAGGCGUCCCUCAAUGGGGGGCAGCAGCAGUGGGGCAAGUGGUGGGGGGCUGAGUGGGGGCAUCACGGGGCUGGUGGGGGCUCCGACAGACAGCGAAAGUGAAGAAAACGAAAUGGGGCGUCUGGAAACACUAUUGGCAUCGCGCGGCCUCCCACCCAGCCUGUUUGGAGCUCUGGGGCCUCGGAUGCAACACAUUCUGCACCGCUCUGUGUCGUCCUCCAUCACAUUCCCCAUGGCAGGCUCGAAGGCCCAACAGUUGCUCAUAGGUCUACAAGCGAACGGGGAGGAGAGCGAACAAUUACAAGCUGUUAUUGAAAUGUGUCAGCUUCUCGUAAUGGGCAAUGAGGACACCCUGGCCGGUUUCCCCAUUAAACAGGUCACCCCAGCUCUUAUUAACUUACUAAGAAUGGAACACAAUUUUGAUAUGAUGAACCACGCGUGCCGGGCCCUCACGUACAUGAUGGAAGCACUGCCGAGGUCGUCAGCGGUGGUGGUGGACGCCAUACCUGUGUUUCUGGAGAAGCUGCAGGCCAUCCAGUGCAUGGACGUGGCCGAGCAGUCCCUCACCGCACUGGACAUGCUCUCGCGGAAGCACUCUAAGGCUAUACUGCAGGCUAAUGGUGUUGCAGCUUGCCUAAUGUACAUCGACUUCUUCUCAACGGGAGCCCAGCGCGCCGCCCUCAGCAUUACCGCCAACUGUUGCCAGAGCCUUACUGCGGACGAAUUCAGAUUUGUGGCCGACUCUCUUCAGCUCCUUUCCUCCAGGCUGACCUCGCAGGGUGACAAGAAGUGUGUCGAGAGCGUGUGCCUGGCCUACAGCCGACUAGUGGACUGCUUUCAAAACGACCCUAACAGACUGAGAGAGAUUGCAGGUCACAGUCUCCUCUCCAACACACAGCAGCUGCUGGUGAUGUCGCCCCCUGUGCUAAGCAGCGGCACUUUUAUUAUGGUGGUGCGAAUGCUGUCUUUAAUGUGCAGCAACUGUCCUCAUUUGGCUGUUGAGCUGCUAAAAAACAACAUCGCACACACCCUUUGUUAUCUCCUCACCAACUCCACUGACCCACCCGGCGAACAGGUUGAACUAGUGUCCCGCAGCCCCCAAGAGCUGUAUGAAAUAACCUGCCUGAUUGGAGAGCUGAUGCCGACCCUGCCUAGUGAUGGAAUAUUUGCCAUCGACGGGGCUCUCCAGCGACCUACAGGCAGCGCGCAGGAUUCCGUGACCUGGCAGUGGCAAGUCGACCGCACCACUUGGCUGAACUACUCUCCCAGUGACUCCAGGAUCAUUGAGCACUCGCACCAGUCGGGAGAGGACGAGGUCAGCCUUUGCGUCCAAGGUUCAUCAUUUACAAUCGAUUUUCAUUCGAUGCAGCAGAUUGACGACAAUUCUGGAACGAUGAGGGCUGUACAGCGCCGCCUUGUCCCAGCUAACUUGGCAGGCAGUGUGGUUCUUGCCAGUACUCAGGCAGCAGAUGCAAGGGCCCAGUGUCUGCAGGAGGACUCAGAUCUGGCGUCAACCCUCAUUCGAUCCCUGUUCAGCCUUCUAUAUGAGGUGUACAGCUCUUCGGCCGGCCCUGCUGUGCGCUAUAAGUGUCUUCGAGCCUUGCUAAGAAUGAUUCAGUUUUCAAGCCCAGAUCUCCUAAAGCAGGUUCUUAAAAGUCAGAGCGUGUCGUCCCACCUGGCCACCAUGCUGUCGUCCCUGGACCUGAAAAUUAUAGUCGGUGCAGUUCAGAUGGCGGAGAUCCUCAUGGCAAAACUCCCUGAAAUAUUUGCCGUUUAUUUCCGUCGUGAGGGGGUCAUGCACCAGAUCAAGCGUCUGUGUGACCCCGACGCGACCCUAGGAGUCCCUACGGCCCGGUGGAGCAGCCCCGAGCCCUCCAUAGGGACCGGGAGAGCCACUGGAUUCACAUCAAGUCCCCUCUUGGCUGGCCGCGCAUUCAACGGGAACUGUCUCGAAAGUGGAACCGCGAGUUUAAACCUGCCCGCGCCGCCUGGCCAGGAGGAGGACCGGGGUCAUAGUCCUUCCCAGAUGAGGCUCUACGAUGUCCUGAAGAGGAGGAGGACCGCUCGUAUCAGAACAGGUCCUUGGAGGAAGACCAGGCAAGAGGACUCGGCUGGUGCUGCCGGGUCAUCCUCCUCCUCUGGCUCCUCCUCCUUCUCUGACUUCUUCAUGAAAAACGCAGGGCUUGGUGGGGGGCGGGAGACCUGGCGAGGAAUGACAAACCGAAGCAAACUUGUAUCCACUGCUUCCCUCACCACACACCACAGCACCACCACCACCACCACCACAACCACCACCACCGCCACCACUACCACCACCACCACCCCCACCAGCGCUGCCGGUGGGGGUGGUGGGGGGGGCAGUGGUGGCGGUGGUGGUGGCAAGGGGUCAUUCCUGGCUAACCUUAACCCCUCUAGGUGGGGUCGUUGCAAUUCAACCACCACCGCCACCUCGCAUGAUUCACCCACUGCUGCUAAGGACAAAAUAACAAACAACAUCGGCGGUGGCAGUAGCAGCAGCAGCAGCAGCAGCAGCAGCACCAGCAGCAGCAGCAGCAGCAGCAGCGGGGGUCCGAGCAGCAGCAGCGGAGGUGGCGGAGGCGGAGGAGGUGGAGGAGGGGCCCACAACAAUAAGGAGAUCAUCAGGGUGUGGAUCCGAGAGCAGGCACAGCGUCUGAACCAGCAGUACUUCACCACUGAACUUCAGGGCCCUACUCAUCCUGCCCUUAGUGUGCUCAACAGGCUCAUCGCAGCAACACAGCAGCUGGAGCAGGAGCCUGGACAAGCAGUACCAGCACUCCAAGAAGUCAGCAGCAUUGUGACAGAAAGUGACAUUAGCCCUUUUGAAGUCAUUCACUCAGGGCUCGUUCGAUGUCUCCUCUCCUACCUCACUGCCCCGGACACACAGGACGGGGCGCACCUAGGGGCCUCUGGGGGCGGGGCAGAGAACGGUGGGGCUGGCGGGGCAGGGGGCUCUGUGACCGCCACCCCGCGCACGACCAGAUUACGAAAUUUCCUCCAUGUUUUCCUGGGCUGUCCUCUGAGUGCAUUGAGCGUGGGCACAGUCGACACAGGGCACAUUGCACUGUUUAGCGGCCUGGUGACCAAACUGAACGGCUGCGUGAACCAGUUGGAGCAGUUCCCGGUCAAAGUUCACGACCUGCCCGGUACUGCCCUGCCAGGCGCUGGGCGGGGCACCUCCACCUCUGCCAUUAAAUUCUUCAACACACACCAGCUCAAGUGUAACCUGCAGAGGCACCCAGACUGCUCCAGGCUGCGGCAGUGGCGUGGGGGCCCAGUCAAGGUGGAUCCCCUGGCUCUAGUGCAGGCUGUGGAGCGGUACCUUGUUAUCCGAGGCUACGGACGGCUUAGGGACGAGGACGAC